CAUAUUGCUGGGGACGCUCCCUCCUCUCCGCGCGUUUUUGGGGAGCUCUCCCCUCCUCCGGCCACACCCACGAACUGUCGGAGGCUCUCGUAAUGGCGGCCGUCGUCUCCCCAGUUCGCCGCGGCGGACGCCACUGAGCGGGCUCCCUGUCACGCAGAGCGCGCUCUUCUGGGAUACCAGCCGCUGUCGAGGCGUCCUCGUGCGGUUUGCGUGGACGCGAAUCGCGGACUCUUCAUUUUGCGCUUGAGGACCGUCGUCGCUCUGCUACGUGAAGCGUUGGAGGGAAAAAAAGGAUAGAGAGGAGCGAGAGGAGAAACACGGAGGAGUGCCGCUGUGGCUGUGAUCGCUGUGCGGUGGCCCUGUGCCUGGCGCUCGUCGAACAUGGGAGGAGAUACGCAGAGCCGGCCGCCGAUGGCUGCGCGGUGACGGCGGUCACCCAGGUGUGCUCUUCGUCCUCUCCCUGAGAGAAGCGAGCCGUGUGUGUGUGUGUGCGUGUGCGUGCCCGGUGCAGCGAAGAGAACGCUUUCGUAGAGCUCGUCGCUCACGUUUCUCUGUGGGAGCACCUGUACGCUCGCAGAGACCAUGGGUUGGCGCUGCGUGUUGCGAGCAGGCCAUCGGUCGGCCUCUUCCUGGGCGCCCCUCUUCCUGCUGGCUCUCCACCUUCAGUACCAAGCUUCUGAUGCACUGAAGAUAGGGCUCGUGAUGGGCGUGAACCAACCUCAACGUGUCGUCACAGCCUUUCGUGAUGUCAUCGAGUACACCAACCAGCGUGCGCCCGGUGACCGAUACAAGAUUACCCCGUUGACAACGAGGGUUUUCGACAAUGACACAUUCAAUGUCACCAAUGAAGCCUGCGGCCAGCUGAGCUCGGGUGCGGCGCUGCUCGUGUCCCCGGACGGCGGCACGGUGCUCGAGGCCCUGGCGGCCGUCUCGGCGCGGCUGCAGGUGCCGCUGCUGAGUGCGUCGGCGGCCCGCACUCCAUCGUCCCGUCUGACACGCUUCGGCCUCACACUCCGGCCGCAGGCGCACGGAGCGCUGGCCGCGCUCGUGCACGCAUUGCGCUGGCCGCGCCUCUACUACAUCUAUGACUCCGCAGAAGGUCUGGACAGGCUGCAGGAGAUACUGGCCGCGCUGCCCGCCGACUACCCUUUGGAGGUGCAGCACGUGCGGCGAAUACGCGGCGAGAAGGCUGCCCUCGAAUUUCUCCAGGAGCGCGAGAACGAACACUGGGACACGGACAAGUUCGUGCUGCUCGACUGCAGCAUAGAGACCGCGCGCCGAAUUGUGCAGUACGCGUACGGCAAGCGGCGAGCCUACUACACUUUCCUCUACGCGCGAUACACGCUUCCCGAUGACUGGAAGGACACCCAAGUGUACGACCAGAGCAAAGUCGUGGCGCUGCGCAUUCUCCACGAGGAUGCCAGCGGCCACCACAGCGCCGUGAGGGCGGCCAGCAGGGACUCGUACUACAGCUCCUCCGAGAGCAUCACGGAAGAGGAGGCUCUGGCGUAUGACGCGACACUUGUGGUGAGCGACACGCUGACGCGGCUGUCACGCGAGCGGCCCGAGCUGGGGCUCGAGCUCUACCAAGACGCCACAUCGGGCCAGAGCUCGCAGUGCUACGGCUCGCCGCUCGUGCCCUACAAGCACGGGCAGGCCAUCGCCGAGCUGCUCAAGAAGACCUCUGUCAACGGCACCACUGGCCAGAUUAUGUUCGACGAACAAGGCCAGCGCGUCGGCUACACAGUCGACGUUAUGGAACUCACGAUGCGACAGAAGAUGCAGAAGAUUGGUUAUUGGUCUCAAGCAACGGGUUUCAUAAAACAGCCGGAUCCUAGGGGAUAUCCACCGACAUGGGUUGACCCAUCUGAGAAGAAACUCGUAGUCACUACCAUACUGGAGCCGCCUUUCCUCAUGUACAAGAACGCUAACGAUACCACUGAUGACGAGGACAACCUGGAAGGCUACUGCAAGGACCUCAUCGUCAAGCUGAUGCGUGCGAUGGGCCGAGAGUACAGCAUUCGCCUGGUCAAGGACAAUAAAUACGGUUCUCGAGACAAGUCUUCGCAGUCUGGGUGGAAUGGAAUGAUUGGCGAGAUCCUUAGAAAGGAGGCCGAUAUCGCCGUAGCGCCACUGACCAUUACGGCUGAGCGAAGCCGAGCCGUGUACUUCAGUGAGCCCUUUAUGAGGUCUGGCCUCGCGGUGCUAGCGCGGCGGCCCGAGGCAGAGUCGCUCAGCGUGUUCAGCGUAUUCAGCUUCUUGCGGCCUCUCUCGUGGGAGGUGUGGCUGUGCCUGCUGUCUGCCUACGUCGCCGUCGCCGUGCUGCUGUUCGUCAUCAACCGACUCAACCUGGCCGUGGCUACUCCCCCUAAGGCUCCCCCUGGACCGUGCAGCCACUUGUACAACAGCCUGUGGUAUGCCCUCGGGGCAUUCAUGUCCGAGGAGUGCAACAACUGCAGGCCCAAGUCUGUUGGCAGUCGACUCAUCAGCUUCGGAUGGUGGCUCUUCGUCCUUGUGAUGUUAUCAAUGUACACAGCACAACUGUGGGUGAAUCAGCCUUUCAGGGCACCUUCUCCUUCGCUGAAAGACGUCAAGGAACUGGCCAUGCAAGAUAAGGUGGAAUAUGGCAUUGUCAGAGAUUCUGCCACCGAAGAGUUCUUCCGGCGCACCAAGGACACCUUCUACGCAAGAAUGUGGGACUCGAUGGCUUCGUUCAACAACACUAUGACGGCUAGUAAUGAAGAAGGCGUAAAAAGAGUCCGCGAGUCCGAGGGAAACUACGCCUUCAUAGUGGACACCACGAAGAUAAAGUAUGCAACACAGAAGGCGCCCUGCGACCUCGUUCAAAUUGGCGACACAUUCCAGCCUUCCGGUUAUGGCGUCGUUGUGUCGCACAAGUCACCGCUCAAAAAAAUACUGGACGUCAGUAUAGCCAGGCUCCAAGAAGAUGAAGAACUUUACGCUCUGUACAAGAAAUGGUUCGGGAAGGAAGAAUGUCAUAAGCGAGAACAAACCGCCGUCCCGCUGGAGGUGACCAAGGUGGGCGGUUGGUUCGUCAUUCUCGGUGCCGGACUGAUCAUCGCCGUGGCCGUGGCCGUGGCUGAGGUGUGGUGCAAGUCCCCCGCCAAGCCCAAAAAGGAAAAGAAGCCCAAGGAGCCAAAGGAGCCAAAGCCUAAGAAGGAGAAGAAGAAAAAGGACAAGAAAGAGAAGGACGGCGAACAGAUCAAGGAAGAAGGCGUGGAGACGCAGCUCCUCCAGCCGGGGACAAACCCAAGCGCCUAUACGGGGGGCUACGUGGGAGGGGCCGACCUCACCAUUGAGGAGGUGGGCGAAGAAGAGGAGGAGGACGAGGUGGUCAAGGUUCCCAUCGCCGACGUGGAGAACCUGACUGACUCGGCAGAUGACAGCCGCGACAUCACGCGCGACGUGACAGCUGACCGCAUCGUUCCCCUGGCCGUGAACCCUCUGGAGAACCACCCGGAGAUAAAGUCCAUCGACCACAGCCCCAUCGAGUCGCCAAAAGGCGGUGGUGGGUACGAAAGCUCCGAAGUCUAGGCCUCUUCGGGUGGAGCCCGCAACCAAGUCGGAGAGCGAUGCCUUUCCAGCACUGCCGGUGUGUCACCGAGGGAGCAGGAUGGCAGUAUUUAACUGCUCCUGCCAAAAGAAGCAUUACCGAUGCGGUUAAGCCGGUUGACUGUGAGAGCCAUGGCUGUGACCUCAAUGAGCAACAUUGUUUUGACGCAACACACGCGAUAGGGAACAUAUGCACAGUCAAACAGGCACCGAGAAAUAUGUAGUGAUAGCUGCGCCUCGGUUCGUGUUGACUGGAGCUUGUUCCGUAAUGGCGUAUUUUGUAAACAUUGUCCCUUUUCUUUUCGGUGUCGUUCUCCUAUCGUCCUGUAGGGUGACGCUACGGCAGUCAAAAAAGAACGAAUUAGCAUCUUCACCCUGAGGCACGUACAGGUUCUGACGGAUCAGACAAAAAGAAAAGGGAGAUUGAGAACGUUUGCUCUAUUUUCAACCACACGAUGGCGCUGAGUUUUCUCCCAUCAGAUUAGGCAUUCGCUGGAACACUACAAAUUGUUCUAUUGAUGCUUACGGUAUUCCUCAAAGCAACAGCAGUGGAUGUACAUAAAUCAAACGUUGAUGGAACUUAAAGGGCAAAUUCAUGGGGCUAACGAGCCUGUUCAUCGAGCAGAGUACAGGGCGCCUGAUUCAUGGUGCGUCCGGAUUUAGACAACGAGAAACGCAACAGUAGAUUAUUACCUACAUGCUAGAGGAGAAAAGCCGUUGUAUCAAGCGGCCAUUUUUGGUCACGAUUACUGAAUGAGAAAUUAGUGGGGCAGCAGCAGGAACAGCCGCCGCUCUGGAGCAACUCACACUGCCAUUUCUUAGGAUGGUUACAAGCCGAACGUAUCCAUAUCCCAGUAUAUUCGUGCAGUGCACUACCUUCCCGACGUACAAAGAAGGCACGCAUUCAGAGCACUAUUAGACAUGUCUUUUUGCGUAGCACGAAUUUUUGCACCCGCACUCGAAGGCUGUGUCCGCACGUUCAAGGAUUUAGAGUUUCUAGCUAAAACGGUACUUGUCACCUCACAGUGAAAAAGAAAUCCACCCGUGGCGACAAUAACACCGACUACCAUGAUUCUUGUUUGCGUUUUUCUGCCACCUUGCUUCGAGCGCAAGAAUAAUGUAUGGUUGCUUAAAGUCAUGGAGCUUGUCUUAGCCAAGAAUUGACAGAUGCUUGAAAAGCGCCACUCGGCUAUGAAUGGGUGGCUUCUCGAAGUAAUACAUGAAGGAUGUGUACAAAUAAAGCAAGCUUGCGCAAAAAUUAAAGCUCCACCCUUAUUUAUAUCUUUAUUUCGCCCGACAGGAAAAAAAACACGGGCGUAGCCAGACUUAACACUUUAUGCUGAGAGCGCGUGUUAUGGUGGUUGAAAUUAAAAUUAAGAUCAACAAGAGAACACCUAGUGGAAACGAAGUGCGGAUUUAAUACCACGGCCCAAAAACAUGAAUGAUGUUCAUUCCGAAGAGAACUGAACAGCAGUGAACACACUUACUCCAGUUCUAUUUCCUUGAAAACUGCUCAAUAGAUUCUGGCUGUGUCCAAACUAUCGCCAAAUUUUGUCAACUUUUUAAGCUUCUCGCGUAGGAACUACAGCACUUUUCUGCAAAAUUACAAGUUCUUCAAAGAGCUGCACCAAGGCAGCAACGCAUCAAACAAAAAACGGGCCGCUUGCUCUAUACAUAAUUGUUCCCUAAAGCCGAUCAUGUCAUUCGCAAUCUUCACGGUAGUGAUAGAUGUUCACGUAGAGAAAAAAGAAAGUAGUGAUGACAACUCUGGUGUUUCCUACAGACAGAAACUAUAAAGGGUUCCCAGCUAAGGUUAGCCAAGCUGUUCGACGAAAAAAAAAAAAAAGAUCAAAAUUCAUGGUUCAAGAUGCUAUAUUGAGACCUAGGGUGUUCGAUCGUCAGAUCUCUGACGAGCGAACGCCAUGGGUUUAAUAACUGCAUCUUGCACCGCGUUUUGUUUUCAGCCUUUUGUUGCAAUAUUUAAUUGUAUUGAACGACUUCCCUAACGUUAGCUGGGACACGGUAUAAAAAAACCUCAACCCCUUCGAUCUAUUGGAACACUGGGUGAUGGUGCUUGUUGUGAGAAAUUUUUUCACCACUAUACGGCCUUUUUCUGCGCCAGCCGAGGUAGUUCGCGUUGUACACACGUCACAAUACACCCGGCACCGGAGCCCUCUGGCUACGUGCGCCCACAAACGCCCCUACGACCGUCCUGUCAUAUGAUCACAUGACGCCGACGUAUACCAGCGUGUCGCUUCCGUAGAUGGCAACUAGCAUAGCCCUAAUCUAUUUCUGCCUCCAGAACGCUACAAAUUCGCCAUCGACAUUGCAGUGCGAUGUCACAACUCCCUGCAGGCGCUGUGUGUCACGGAGCGAAACUAGACAACAACGUACAGUUGGUUUUCCGGUGAUAGUGUCAAAGGGCCCCCCGAUCAUCGACCUGUGUGUGUUUAGCUGGCGCCACAUGGGCCCCUACUCUGCCUGCCUGUGACAUCAUCUAUUCGCCCCAAUCGCGCUGACACGUAGCUUCCGGUACCGCUUUGCUUGAUCCGUGGUUGUCGCCCCGAUUAUCGACUGAGAGUUAUCUUCUUCAAAGCCCGCAGCGGUCACAGCCAUUGGUUAUUGCGUACUGGGUGGCGUUGUUCCCGUUGCCGCUUACGGCGGCGCCCUGAGGACACAGCACGCUCUGCUCAACAGUUGCGCCCGCUGUAUUGCCGCCCCGUGUUCCGAGCGCUUGUGUCGUCGCGUGCUGUUUGCUCAAGCGGUCGCACGGGGGCGCUGCCUUUCGUGCAGUGCCCAUCGUGGUGCGCGUUCGUGUGCAGUGAUACGCUACCAUAUUUUAGAGGUAGAUCCUCAUCGACGUGUGAGUGCGCAUCAUGUGUCAUUCUGUCACCUGUGCAUCACUAUAAAGAAAACGCGGUGAUUCUCGCCGCGCACGCUAAGAGGCCAGCAGAUUAUUCGUGCACGUCAAAAGCUGUGCGCCCAGAUUGUGCUGCGUGAACGUUUGGAGUCUAUCGAAGCUCGUGGCCCCCUCCCGCAGAGAACGAAACUGUUCGUGUCUAGUGCAGUGGCUCCUUGACUUUGUUUUCUCUUUCGUUCUCACUCUUUUUUUUUUUCUGUGGCAGACAUACCGUGCAUAAAAAGACAAUCGACGUCUGAACGUCGGGACGAGUAUAUACUAAUUGCGAAACGGGUAAUUGCAAGUUAGUUAUGGCUUUAACAAGGCCAUGAGCUGGUUUUCGUGGUCUUUAAACGGUGAAGUAUUGAAUUCGUUAAUGGAACACACACGCUGUUAAGCGCUGUGCCAUGUAUAUAUCUGAAAGCCACCGCAAUGAGUUGCGUGCAUUUGUCGCUCCUAGUGCCGGAUCACAAGCACGCACCAUCUGCAAUGUCAGCAACCCUGUCAACUCAGUAUGCACACUUUAAGGAAUAUAUUGCACACACAGUUACCGAAGUUUUCUUUUUGCAAAGUGUGAACGCUUUCCGAGAUUCUAUAAAGAAUUGAUGUGGCCUACAGCUUCGUCAUCAGCCACGCAUUGGCAUAAGACAACAAAUUUGGGUUAGGCAAAUCCAUUACGGACGAUCCACUGCACGUGCCAAAUCAUCGCCACAUUUCAGCAAACGAUGCUUAUAACUAUAGUGGCUUAGCGCAAUGUAACGGAGGGACAGAGAAAACAAUAAACAGACGAGGAUUUUUUAAUGAAAAAGAAUGUCUCUAUCUGAAUCAGCAAAGUCUCUAUGAGCCUGUACUUUUCCGAGUACGAUUUUAUGCACUCCGCUCUAUUUAUGUCAAGGUUUUUUCUCCCUGUGAGACGAUGAUGCCCCAGUGCAUCAAUGAAUAGUACGUCUAUCGGUGCGUGGCAUGUCAAUAAACAUUUGGUAGAAGCACCCAUCCUCGCCUGCUUCAUUGUUUGUUGUGUCCGUCCAUUACAAUGCGCCAAGGUGCCAUAGUUAGAAUGCAAGACCAACUAGCCCAACAGCCAGUGCUCCCGAUGCUUUGUGUUUUACAUUUUGUUAAAAGCGACAUGUGUUUGUGUAUUUCGUUUUCUGUAUCUUAAGAGAGGCAGGUAUGAACAUACCAAAGCAUACGAGCCCACAGUUCUAGUAUUUUCACCUGAAAAGCAUGCAUCUGUCCUCCUCCAAGAAUUACGCAUAAAUGUCCAAUAAAUGCUAUUAGCAUAGGAUUGAAUCUCUAUAUAGCUACUACGACUGGCCUUUUUUUUUAUUCUUUAUUUUAUUUUUAUUUUUAUUUUUUGCAUCUGUGGCUCCAAAGUAAUCAUUGUGUGCAUGUGUGUAGAUAAAAAACAAGGUAGGGGGGAAAGAAACCCUCAGUUGGCAGUAACAUUACUGUGAACAUUUCGACUGCAAUGUUCAUAUUCCCUGUGGAAUUGAUACUCUGCUCCUGGGUAUUCGGCUCACCAUGUACCAAAAAUUGCAAAGAAUCCAAGAGAAUUGCACGUAGCUUAUUCGCUUCGCCUACGUUCGGCUGAAGAAUUAUGGCUCACAAGAAAAUACAUUUAACAUCGCAAACUUAUUUGAGUUCUGAUUAAACCGGAAAAAGUUUCAAAAUUGUAAAUUUCGUGUGGACAAUACCCUGGCGACGUUUACUGUACAGUUUUCUGUGGUGCUAUUCUUUGCUUGCUAAAAAUUCGCCUCCUUCUCUAAAGUACUAGAACAUUACAUGGAACGUUAGUAUAGCUCAUGUUUCUAAGAAUUCAAAAUCUUGUGAAGCGUUUUCGGAAUCGGAUUGGAGCUCGCAAGUAUUUUUUCUUUCUUUUUUUCGCAUUUGUUGGAAACGUCUCUUUGUACACAGCUUGCGAAACAAUGACCUAUGUGCAGAGUAUGAUAAACUAACAGCGUGCGGAAAUCACCGCCCCGUACUUGGACUAGCCGAAUGUUCAUUCCGUGCGCCCUUCAUCGCUUUCCACUCGCAAAUACCAUCAGGGAGCGAGCUGCCGGUUUCGACGGCGUCUCGUUUGAACAAUGUCCCGGUUUAGAAACUCAUAUAGGAGAACACUUGUUGACGUGACGUGUGUUUAUACAGUGUACCCCGUAACGCUGCCACCAGCAAAGGUCCUUUUGAUGUUAAGCAAAAUGCUCUUCUGGCAUUCUCGUCCCGAGCUCUAUCUAUACUCCGUAGAUGUGGUUCCUUUCGGACAGCUCAAAUACGUGGCGUAGGUUGUUGGAAGUCAGCGCUUAUAAUUAGCCUCCAAAGCAAAGGAAAUGUGAGCCAGUGCAUCCUCGGCUCCGAGGAUGCGGUCGACGGGGCACUGUAUUCGGACACAUUCUGCAGUGCUGACCAACGUAGCAGCUUUAACGAAGUGUGUUCUACGGUGGCCAGAGAUUUCGUUAUGUGUGUGUUGUUCUUUUCUUUUUUUUUCCUGGUGUACAACUGCGUCAAUGUUCUCUCUACAUACAGACAUAUAUAUUAUACAUACUUAUGUAAUCUUACAAUGCAAGUCAUGCAUACCGUGUAUUAAUAUUCCGAUGUAUACCUGUAUAUCGCGUACGUGAGGGUGUGCCAUGCUGGGACGCUACAACUUUUGUAACUGUUCAUGUUUCUCUCUGUACAUUUAUAAAUGGCAUCGGUUUUACAAAAAUAAAGUGUCCGA